ACCAAAAAACUUUGGUUUCAGUUUUUUCAUUUCUCCGAACAAGACACAAAAUCGCAAUGGCCAGAGACAGUUGCCUCGCUCGUGUCACUGCCGGCGCUGCCGUGGGCGGCGCUGUCGGCGGUGCCGUCGGUGCUGUGUAUGGAACGUACGAGGCUAUUAGGUAUAAGGUACCUGGAUUUUUGAAAAUUAGGCAUAUUGGACAAACAACCCUUGGAAGUGCUGCUAUUUUUGGUCUUUUCUUGGGUGCUGGAAGCUUGAUACAUUGUGGGAAAUCAUACUGAACCCAUAAAGAUUUUAUCUACCUACCUGCAGAGGUUUUCUUUCUGCCCUUGUAAAGUAUGAGUAUAGCAGAAAUUUUGUAUUUAUUAUUGUGUUUCUGGGUCUUGGAAAAGUUUAAUGACUAUGUUGCUGCUAUUUUUGUAUGAAUUUUCUCAAUUAUUUCUCCCUCAACAGUACUGUUGAAAUAUCUUUGCAAGGGUUUUUCUUUUAUUUUUGAUUCC